AUGGCAGACGCAGCGAAGCCAAAGAGGCGCCUCCCCUUCAAGCCGACCGCCUUGCGACAAAAGUCCGAUCCUAAGCCCACGCCACAGAAGAACGACAAUGAAGGCGACGACGAAGACGACGACGAUGGACUUAGCCUAUUCAAGCGCUCCGCCGAGUUCUUCCCUGUCGCAUUGGCAGAGCAGGAGCGACGUAUGAAACGGAAGCAGGCGGAACGAGAGAGGAGCUCACAAGCGCGCUCGCCACAAGGCGAGACGAAACUUGCGCUGAGAGCCAGCGAGGAGCCUGACAAGGAGGAUGCUGAGGAGGACGCAAGCAGGGAACUUGGCACGCCGCCCUCAAAACGCUCGCGAACUAGCGAUGAAUCCCCGCAAUCGAGAACAAAGCUGUCGCCAUACAAGCGCCGUGACGGCACAGAGACACCCUCGAAGCGCUUAACCCGCGCCGCAGCCUCGCGGACACCUCGGAAGCAGGAGGUGAUACCCCACAAAUCCGUCAUCGCGAUCGAAGAUAGUGACGAAGACGCCGAUGACGUCGAUGAUGUGGCCAGCGACGAUAUUUACGAAGCUUCGCCCGUCCGCAAAACUCAACGCCGAAGACAGACUUCAGAGCCCGAGGUGGCGCCUCUCGUCAUUGACUCAGAUGAUCCUUUCACAGAAGGAACCAACGGGGAUGGAAAGUCACCAGUCGCAGGAGUGGCAGAGGAAGGAGAGGAAGACGAUGAGUUUGAAGAAUACGUCCGCCGCGCCAUGGAGCGUAAAAAGGCCCUCGAGCAGGAAGCGAACCAGCUCGUCAACGUUUUCGUCACCUCCGACAUACCAGGCACCAAAGAUAGGCAGUUUCGGUACACGCUUGUCAAGCCACUCAAGAUGAUCCGCACUACAUGGAUUGACGUCCAGCAGGACCGUGUCGCGAUCCCCCGUGCGGAGUUGGAGGGCGUGUUCCUCACAUGGCGUGGUCAUGAGCUAUAUGACACGACGACACUACACAGCCUCGACCUGGCCAUUACGUUCCGCAAGAACGGCGGCGGCGGCGGCGACGGUGGAGGUGACUCGUCCGAGGGCUUCAAGGAUGAUGACUGGACAAAUGUACACUUGCAGAUGUGGACGCGCGAGCUGUGGGAAGAGCACGAGAGACAAGAGGCGCGGAGGAGGAGACAUGACCUCGGGGACUACUCUGACGACGAAGGAGUGGGACACGAUGAUGGUGCGGAGGCCAUCGAACCCGAGACGGAGAAGAAGAUCAAGGUUCUCCUGAAGACGAAAACGGAUGAGCCGCUCAAGACUUCGGUGAGGCCAUCGACCACCAUCGGAACGCUUAUGGAGCUGUUCCGCAAAAUGCGCGGUCUGGCCGCAGACGCGCCCAUCACACUCAUGUUUGACGGCGACGAGCUCGAAGAGGAUAUGACGGUCGAGGAAGCCGAUAUUGGCGACAUGGAGACGAUUGAGGUCUAUAUAAGAUGA